AUGCCGUGGGACACGAGGAGGCCUGGGGGUCCAGAGGGUCCGGGUGCGGCGCGCUCGCGGGCACAGAAACAGUGUCGCAAGUCGUCCUUCGCGUUCUACCAGGCCGUGCGUGACCUGCUGCCUGUGUGGCUGCUCGAGGACAUGCGAGCCAGCGAGGCCUUCCACUGGGACGAGCGAGGCCGCGCCACCGCUUACUCGCCGUCUGAGGCGCUGCUCUACGCGCUCGUGCACGACCAUCAGGCCUAUGCACACUACCUGCUGGCCACCUUCCCGCGCCGCGCGCUGGCGCCGCCCUCUGCAGGUUUCCGUUGCUGCUCGGCGCCUGGACCACAUGUGGCGCUGGCGGUGCGCUACAACCGCGUGGCGGUGUUGCGGGGCAUCCUGCGUGCUGUGCGCGACUUCCCAGCGGACGAGCGCACGCGUCUGCUGGACCGGCGUGGCUGCAGCCGUGUGGAGGGUGGCGGCACGGCGUUGCACGCCGCGUGCGAACUGGCGCGGCCAGAGUGCCUCUUUCUGCUGCUGGGCCACGGCGCCUCGCCCGGCCUGUGCGACGCUGGCGGUCUCACGCCGCUGGAGCUGAUGCUGCGCCAGCUCGGCCGCGAUACCGGGCCUGGGUCUGGCCCUGGUGCCGGGGCCUCGGCCGCUGCCGCCACCGGAGAGCCGCACCAGCGCCGCCUUUUGCUGCUCGACCUGCUGGUGUUGUACACACCCGUGGCCGCCAACGGCCCAGCCCGCCGCGAGCUGCUUAGUGACCGGCCGCGCUGGCAGCGGCUGCUGGGCGAGGACAAGUUCCAGUGGCUGGCGGGCCUGGCGCCACCAUCGCUCUUCGCGCGGGCCAUGCAGGUGCUUGUCACUGCCAUCUCGCCCAGACGCUUUCCCGAAGCCCUGGACGAGCUGCCGCUACCGCCCUUCCUGCAGCCACUGGACCUCACGGGAAAGGGCUAG